AUGGCAGGACUCGUUUCCGCCGCGAACCUUGGAGGUGUUGCAGACCCUCGCUUAGGGAAUGAAGCAGAUAUCAUUGGAACUUCCAAGGAGCAUUCUGACGCUCCUCCAAUUUACGAUGUACAUAGUGGCAUCCCUCCACCAGUGAUUCAAGGUUCAAAGUCGAUCUACUUGGACUCUUCUAUUACCUUUGAGAAUUAUCGUUACUGGGCAAUUCGCUCCCGCGAAGUUGAGAAGCACAUACGUACUGAUAACAAGGGCCUUUCAGUGUGGAAGAAUAAGUUAUUGAGAAGGAAAAUCACGGAUGGUAAUGAUGCGCCUACCGCACCAUCCACCCCUCCAGGCCAAUCCGAGAAGACCAACGCCGACGUCUCAUCCGACCCCCCGAACAGUCAGGCAUGUGACAACUAUGGUGUCAGCGAGCAGGAAUGGGAAACAGCCCAGAGAGCUGCCCGUACUGCCACCUGGGGUUCCGUUUUCUACCUGAUCACCACCGAUAUAUUGGGUCCCAAUAAUGUGCCCUAUGCAAUCAGUCGAAUGGGAUAUGGACCUGGAUUUGCACUAUAUACUGUAUUAGGAGGAUUCGCUCUCUACUCUGGUAUGCAGCUCUGGAACAUCUUCGUCGGUCUCGAUUCUACUCGCUUCCCCAUGCGCAAUUACGGUGAUAUGGCCUUCAGGAUUUUCGGGAAGUGGGCUCAGUUCCUUGUCAACAUCCUUCAAAGCUUCCAAUUCUUCCUCAACGUCACCUUGUUGAUCGUCAGUAAUGGCCAAGGUUUGGCGCAGAUGGUUGCCGGUGUCAACAACACUGGUGGAUUCCUCUGCUUCAUCGCUGCGGAGGUUAUCUUCAUGGUUAUUGGAUUUGUCCUUGGACAGAUUCGUACCUUGCAAAAUCUGGGCUGGCUGGCGAACUUAGCAAUUUGGCUGAACAUCAUUGUUAUCAUCACGACCAUGGCCGUUGUGUACGAAUUUCCUCCCAAUUACAGCGCUGUUGAGACCAGUUUCGGCAUUACGAAGGGACCUAUCGUCACAAGUGCUGGCUGGCCUAGCGGAUAUAAACUUGAAGACAACGUCAAUGCUAUGAUGAACGCCGUAUUUGCAUAUGGUGGUGCCACUCUAUUCACCGAACUCAUGGCUGAAAUGAGACGUCCUUAUGACUUCUGGAAGGCCAUGAUCUGUGCGGAGAUCUUCAUCUAUGUCUGCUACCUCGUCAACGGAAUGGUCGUCUACCAUGCUCAAGGACAGUUUGUCUACAACCCUGCAUACGAGGGUAUUCCUAACACCUCUGCUGCCGCCUACCGUUACCAGACGCUUGGUAACGCUCUUUCCUUCAUUACCGGUGUCAUUGCCGCCCUGCUGUACGGAAACAUUGGUAUCAAGGUCUUUUAUUCUGCUGUCUGCCAUGAUAUCUUCCAUUUCCCCCCUCUCGAAAAGCGCAUCGGCAAGUGGAUUUGGGUUGUUUUGGUUCCAAUCUACUGGAUUCUCGCCUGGAUUGUCGCCGGCGCUAUCCCCCAAAUCUCCAAUCUAUCGUCUUUCGUUGGCGCUGCCUGCAUCUUGCAGUUCUCCUAUACCUUCCCUCCUAUCCUUCUGGUUGGAUACCAUGUGCAGAGAGAUGCCAUUCUUCCCGAGGAAGAGUUUGACCCAGUCACUGGUGUGGCUCAGCGAGUUGACAGUGGUUUCAAGCGCUGGGUCCGUGGCUACAAGAAGCGCUUCUUGUGGAAUACCUUCGAUGUGUUCUACUGUCUUGCCGCACUUUCUCUGGCUGGACUGGGCAUCUGGGCCUCGGUCAUAUCUAUGAAUACGUCCUUCAACAGCGGUCGUCUGACGUCCUUCACCUGCGCUAACCCUGCUAGCUAA